UCAGCUUUCGCCGUGGUCUUAAAGACGCUUCUCUCAGACCCUGCUUCGGGUGUACGAUCGGCCACAGUGCCCCACUUACAUCUGGGUCGAGUUGGAGGUGAACCCCUUGAGUCUGGGACGGCCGGGCCAGUCCACCCGCCCGAGCCGGGCCGUCGUUAUGACGUGUAGUUUUCAGAAGCUGUUUGCUGUGGAAGAGGAGUUUGAAGAUGAGGACUUCUUAUCUGCUGUGGAGAAUGCAGAGAACCAUUUCUCUGGUGUACUACCUGGGAAUGCUGGCCACCUGAUGCCUGUUUCUUCCAGGCCACAGGAGACUCUGCAGCCAGGAUCCUCAAAACCGUUGCGAUCAUACCCCACUUCUUCCAGCCGGCCUGUCCCAGGACUCUGUCUCCCUACUCCCAGCAAACCCCAGACCAUCAGGGAUCCAUUCUGUUCAGGAGCAGUGUCCCUAAGACCUGUCUCGAUCUCUAGCAGCAGCACAGGCAGUCAGCAAAGAACGGCACUAACAGGAGCGCUCCAGGAGUCAUCUGGACCCCAGUCCUCGGCCGCACACUCUGGCUUUAUCUUUGGGAGCCAUCAGCAGGGCAUUGGUGGCUUUGAGGCACCCGAUCAAGAUGAGUUUGACAAGGCCCUGGCAAGCAUGGAGCUGGAGGGAGCUGGCUUGGAGCUGGAACUUGGAAUUGACAGUGGGACCGCCCAAAUCCUGCCUGUGCAGCGCCGUGAGGAUCCAGUAUUGGCAAAAAGGGCCAGAGUGGCUGACUGGAAUGGAUCUUUCCAGAAGGGGCCCGUUGUCCGCUGUAGGAAUCCAGGGCCUUCCUCAAGACCUGGAGCUAAAGGCAGCCUUCUUCUCCCAUCUGCCUCAGCAGUUUCCCGUCAAAGAGACCCCCCUGUUCCUGCACCUCAGCCUUUCCAAGUAGCUGGGAGCAUCCCGCAGAAUCAUUUGCCUGGUCAGCCAUGUCAGUCUCCCAGAGCUUGGUCAAGUGGCAUGCCCAGUUUUCCUGGACCUCGAUUCCCCCGCUGCAGCUCUGCAGCAUUUCCUCGGGGACCCUUGCCAUCCCGUCCCCCAGUGUCUUCUGUUGAAUCUCUGGUCAGCACCCCCAGAGGCGCUUCCACCCCAGUUCCUCAGCCAGCUCUGCAGACACCUAUAGUCACCAACCACCUGGUUCAGCUUGUCACUGCUACCAACCGGACACCCCAGCAGCCCUCCCGCCCCUCCAUUCGAGCUAAAACCCGCCGCUUCCCUGGCCCAGCAGGACUUUUGCCCCACCAGCACAGCGGGAAGAAUUUGGAGGAGAUCAUGGUUUCCACACCCCAGACUCCGACUCAUGGUGCUCUAGCUAAAUUCCAGACUGAGAUUGUUACUAGUUCCCAGGGAUCAGUGGAAGAAGAUUUUGGGCGCGGGCCCUGGCUCACCAUGAAAUCUGCUCUGGGCCUGGAUGAUCGAGACCCCACCUGCUUCCUGUAUACCUACAGUAUUGUCAUGGUGCUGCGCAAGGCAGCCCUCAAGCAGCUCCCCAGGAACAAGGUCCCCAACAUGGCAGUGAUGAUCAAGUCCCUGACUCGGAGCACAAUGGACGCCAGUGUGGUUUUUAAGGACCCCACAGGAGAGAUGCUUGGGACAGUGCAUAGGGUACUUCUGGAGACACACCAGAAUGAGCUGAAGCCUGGCUCAGUGCUGUUGCUGAAGCAGAUUGGAGUGUUCUCUCCUUCACUCAGAAACCACUACCUCAACGUGACACCCAACAACCUGGUCCAUAUUUACAGUCUAGAUUCUGGGGACGGGGACGGGGACUUCCUCAAGCCACCUCAGCCCUUGCCCAAGGAUCUAGGAAGCUUCCAUGGAAACCUCCAGCCUGAUGUAACUGCAGAGCCUGCACAGGGCCUCAGAACGGCACAGAGCCCAGUGGUGUCUUCUGAGGAAGAGCUCCCAGAGGCAGAUGAUCUGGAUGGACUUCUGAGUGAGCUCCCUGAGGACUUCUUCUGUGAUCCCAGCAGUUGAGACUGUCUCAAGACAGGACAUCCACCAUGAGCUGGCAGUCUCUGCCCCCA